AAAAAUGCCAACAGAACAACAACAACAAAGUCUGCAUCCCUCUUUUUUCGGACAAUUUCACGAAUAAAUCGCCAAAUCCAAUGAAAAAUUUUACAUAAUCGUAGCAACAAGACAUUGAAUUAGCAGCAGUAGCAGCAGUGCUUGACCAAAUACCAAAAAAAAAACACAAAAACACAAAUUUUUCACAAUGGAAACAGACGAACUCUUUCCAAAUUAUGGGAACGCGACGGCGGACAAUUGUCUAGUGAUUCGACGAAAUCGUACGUUGUUCUUCAGCGUCUACGAGGGAAUACCGGAGACACUUUUGUUGAAUGUGAUCACCUGGAUUUUACUCAUUCUCCUGUUUAGCUUGAUCCGACAGCAGGCAUGGGACUACGGGCGACUUGCGCUCGUCAAUGGGCGCGAUUCCAAGACAUGGACACAACUUUUCUUCGCGCAAGAAUAUUCGGAGCUCGCGAAAAAUGCGAGAAAUCAAGAAAGUGCCGCCACAACGGGUUUCAUCGAGAAAACUGGCGUCGUGUCAUGGAUCAAAAUGACACUCAAACUCACGAAUGAUCAAAUUUUGGCACAUUCUGGACCCGAUGCCACGCAUUAUUUGUCGUUCCAGCGCCAAAUGAUCUUCGUGAUGGCGAUUAUUUCGUGCAUCAGUUUGGUCAUUGUGUUGCCGGUGAAUUUGCAAGGGACACUUUAUGCGAAUGCCACGACUUUUGGACAUACAACGAUCUCAAAUUUGAGUCCCGAGUCACGAUGGUUGUGGGUUCAUGUCUUUGUAGCAAUUUCUUUUGCUCCCUUAAUUGUUUUGACGAUGCGUCGCAGUUCGGGACGUUAUGCGUCGAAAACAGCGCCAAGUCGCACAAUAAUGGCUACAAAUGUGGCGAAAGCGGAUUGCAAUCGUGGCAUCAUUAAGGAGUACAUUACGGAACGAUUUGCUGAUGUCAUUAUUGAAGACGUGCAAUUGGCGUAUAACAUCUCGAAAUUGACGGAUGCCGCAGAUGAGUAUCACAAAGUUGUCUUGGCACGACAUUAUUGCGAGGAUAAUAGGAAUCGACAGGCGAUCAAGGUUACGACGGAUUACUGGAAAUGCGUGCAAAAGGAUGGUUUGCAGUAUUAUCGCGAAAAGGAAAUCAGUUUGUUUGCACAAGUGGCGCGUUUGAGGAGUAUUGCGCUAAAUGAGCCUCUGGGAAUCGCUUUUAUUACGUUGUCGUCAACAGAUUCGGCGCAACUUGUAUUGAAACACUUUAAACCGGGCAGUUAUCGACAAUGGGCACUCCGUUUCGCACCAAAUGCGUGCGAUAUCUUCUGGGAAAAUUUGUCGGAUUCCACAGCUGGAUGGUAUGUGCGAUGGGUGUGCGUCAAUUUGUUGUUGUUCGUGUUUUUAUUCUUCAUGACGACGCCGGCGCUGGUUGUGAAUAUUGUCAACACGCUACCAUGGUACAAGGAAUUCACAAAAAUAUCAUCUCUCGUGUCAGAAUUCUUACCUACAUUGCUCCUAUGGACAGUUUCGGUGUUGAUGCCUGUCGUUGUCGGAUAUUCCGAGCGAUUUUUGAAGCAUUGGACAAAGAGUGAGCUAAACUACACAAUUAUGACAAAAUCUUUCGGUUAUUUGUUGUUCAUGAUUUUGAUUCUGCCCUCUUUGGGUCUCACAUCGGCCAAAGCUCUGCUUGAAUGGUCAAUCAACAAACGCGAAGACGAAGCUUUCCGCUUUGAAUGCAUCUUCCUGCCGGAUAAGGGUGCUUUUUAUGUCAACUAUAUCAUCACUUCUGCCUUCAUUGGUACCGCUGCCGAAUUAUUGCGCUUCUCCGAGUUAUCCUACUACUUUUGGCAAAUCCUCACAGCGAAAUCUGUCGCGGAAAUUCCGUAUGUGCGAAGAUCCAUUCUUACGGAAUUCCCCUUUGGUCACCAUUAUUCCUGGAUGUUGAUUAUUUUCACGGUUAGUGUUUGUUAUUCCAUCGCGACGCCUCUCAUCAUGCCUUUUGCCAUGGUUUACAUGUGUUUCAAGCAUCUCGGCGAUCGGUAUAAUCUCUUCUUCGCCUACGGGCCAAGUAACAUGGUGUCGCAAGGCGGCGGCAAAAUUCACUCGACAGCAGUUACAUUGACAAAAUUUUCUGUGAUAAUUCUCUUCGUGAAUAUGACUGCGUUGAGUUAUGUGCGUAACGGAAAUGGCUUCGAUGCACGUGGAUUGCUGCUGGCAUCGACGUUGCUCAUCACAUUGGCGCUUUUCAUGUUCAUGUCGCCCAUUAAGCGAUGCACGACGAAACCGCCGCGAAUUAGGCCCGAUUUGCAACCAAGUCAGUUGUAUGUGGCAGAUGUGUUGCAAGACAGAAGACAUUUUCAGGAGAGACCUGUGCACGUGGAUUAUGGAUCCGACACCGCGAGCAUCGUGAUGACACAAGGAGAGGAAGAAGUGAGCAGUAUUGCGUCGGCAUAAAUUGUAGGAGAUAAAAAAAAAACUAAUCAACAUGAGUGUGUUAUAUAAUAUUUUUCUGUUCUUUUCUACAUAUUUCUAUCCCUAUUAUUAUGAAUUAUUAUAUUUUAAGGAAAAUUGUCUCAAUUUGUAUUAAAAAUAAGGAGAAACGCCCCGUACCUAAUAAUAUAAAUAUAAAGUCAGUAAACUAAAAAUAAUCCAGUAAAUUUAAAGGAACAUCAUUCCAUCGUACUUUGCACUUCGUUCACAUAAAAAAAAUAUCAAACACACACAAUUAGCUUUAAUCUUUAUUGUAUAAUAUCUGAUGAUGACUUUUCCGAACAAAUAAAAAUUAAAAAUAAAACUAGAUCACCCAUGCUUUAAAAUAUUAAAAACUUGUGUUAAAGUAUACGUUUUGAUUAGUUUUUAGUUUGUAAGGACAUAU